AAACCAUAAUCUCCACAAGCCUCUCCCAUACUACUAUUCUAACUUCUGUAUCUGUUUGUUCCCUCUCCCCAUCAGAUCCUGCAAGCUUUAAACAAAAACAAAAGCUUCAACUUUGUGGAAAGAACAAAAUGACUUGUCGAUGAAAAUCUGGACACAGUUUUUUUAUUUAUCCAAUGAACAGAAACGUGCUCUCCUGUCAUAAGUGAAGAAGCUGGUAAGAACCAGCAAUCACAAAAUCCCAAGUAACCUUGACCUCAUUGGACUUUCUUCAGGGGUAAAUUCAAAGGAUUCAUACACUACAAUACCAGGGUUGCUGGAAUGGAAUAGCUGGAUCAUUUAAAAAGCAGGAAGGUUGGAUUGCCUCUCGUAUUCCCAUUUCUCUGUUAGCCAAGCAAUAUAACUAGAUAGAUGACAAUCCGUCCGUUCCUCCUCCUCCUCCUCCUCCUCCCACUUUACCCGUCCAUCUUCUGGCUAUUCAUCCGUCCGAGUAACAUAGCCUAAAUAUGUUAAUGUUUGAUCUCUUUAAUUACUAGAUGAGGUUGGAAAGUGGUUUGGGGACAUUUUGCCAUCAAGCGGAAAACUCACUGUGAAAGGAAGGGUAGCAGAGAUUCAAAUCAAAUUGCUAUAGAUAUUUGUGUAAGAAACAAAACGAUGAAACUAGAGAGUUGGUUAUUAAGGUAAGGGGUUCAUGACAUGGAGCUAUAGCCCACCAGUUUUUAUGAUAUUGUAUAUAAUAGAAAAGAAAAAACAGUGGCCUCCUUAUCUUCUCGUAAUCCAAAUAACAACCAUACAAAACCCUCACUCACUUUCGGUUUCAGUUAGUUAACCCGCUCCAAAACCCCCAGAACCAUGCUUUACUCUCUCUCCCUGCCAUCCUCCUCUCCCUCCUAUCCACCGGCGAAACCCCUAAAACCCCGUCAUCUCUCUCCCUCUCCCCACCCUUCCCAUUAUAUCAAAUUCCGCACAGCUCACCAUGAAAACCUCAGGUACCUCAAAGCCAUUGGUGUUAUUGGUCCCAACAGCAAAUCUCGCCAAUUCCCUACCCCUGAUGCCAUAUCUCACAUCCUUGCCACCCUCAAAUUUUUUGAGUCCAAAGGCUUCUUGGAGACCGACUUUGCUAGGCUCACAUUUCUAUGCCCAGAACUUUUAUCUCUCAACUUUGACAUCACUGACAUUGAGCCUGUGUUCCAAUUCUUGACCGACGAUUUACAUGCUUCUGUUCAAGAAUCGAGGGGUUUGGUCAUCAAGUGUCCUCGACUACUCUUCUCUGAUGUGGAAUAUUUCCUUAGGCCUACUCUUAAUUACCUGAGGCAAUUAGGGGUGAAUAAGUUGAAUGUUCCUAGUAAUUUGAAUGCACAUCUUUUGAACAUCCGCGUAGAGAAAAUGCAAGUGAGGUUCGAGUUUUUACGAAGCAUAGGUUUUUCACAUGAUGAGGCUGCAAAUAUUUGUGGAAGAUUGCCUGCAAUAUUUGGGUACAGCAUUGAAAACAAUCUGAGACCCAAAGUUGAGUAUUUGGUGGAUGAGAUGAAGAGGAGUUUGGAUGAGCUGAAGGAGUUUCCUCAAUAUUUUGCUUUCAGUUUGGAAAAGAAGAUAAUGCCAAGGCACUUGCAUCUGAAGAGAAGGAAUGUCAAGAUCAAAUUGAACAGGAUGCUGUUGUGGAGUGAUGGAAGAUUCUAUGGAAAAUGGAAACGAUGAUUUGAGAACAGAUAUUGAACAAAGUGGGGCUGCAAAAUUCUCCAAAACCAUUUCAUUAUUUAAAGGUAAACAUAAACGUACAACAGAUGAGCAACAAGGCAUGUGGGAAAGAAGAGCAGGGGGGAAACCCAACCUGAGUGCCCUGCAAAAGUGUGUAAGCAUGUCUUCCCUUUCCAAAGUUUUAAAGUUGUGUCAGUUGAACCUACAUUGUCAUGGAAAGAAAAGUCAAGUUGUUGGUUUAGUGUUUGGCACACAAAACCAAACCAUUGGAUCCAUGUAUUUGAAUAUGAAAUGGAGAACGAUUAAGAGUUCGAAUUAAUAAUGGAAAGAUUAAGAAAAA